UCAGAGUGUCACGAUGACCUUGCACGAUAACAACACAGCCUUGCCUUUGUUCCCAAACAUCAGCUCUGCCUGGAUACAGGGUCCCUCGGAGACAGGCCUGCCCUCCAGGGCAGCCCCGCACUUUGGCAGCUACAACGUUUCUCGAGCAGCUGGGAACUUCUCCUCUCCGAAUGACACCGCCAGCGACCCCCUGGGCGGCCACGCCAUCUGGCAGGUGGUCUUCAUUGCGUUCUUAACAGGCGUGGUGGCGUUAGUGACCAUCAUCGGCAACAUCCUGGUGAUCGUGGCCUUUAAGGUCAACAAGCAGCUGAAGACGGUCAACAACUACUUCCUCUUGAGCCUGGCGUGUGCCGACCUGAUCAUCGGGGUCAUCUCCAUGAAUCUGUUCACCACCUACAUCAUCAUGAACCGGUGGGCUCUGGGGAACCUGGCGUGUGACCUCUGGCUGGCCAUCGACUACGUGGCCAGCAACGCCUCGGUCAUGAAUCUCCUGGUCAUCAGCUUUGACAGAUACUUCUCCGUCACAAGGCCCCUCACGUACCGAGCCAAACGAACAACGAAAAGAGCCGGAGUGAUGAUAGGUCUGGCGUGGGUCGUCUCGUUCGUGCUCUGGGCUCCCGCCAUCCUGUUCUGGCAGUACUUCGUCGGCAAGAGAACUGUGCCCCCCGGGGAGUGCUUCAUCCAGUUCCUCAGCGAGCCCACCAUCACCUUCGGCACAGCCAUCGCGGCCUUCUACAUGCCGGUCACCAUCAUGACUAUUUUGUACUGGAGGAUCUAUAAGGAAACCGAGAAGCGCACCAAAGAGCUCGCCGGGCUGCAGGCCUCCGGCACAGACGCGGAGGCAGAAAACUUUGUCCACCCGACAGGCAGCUCGCGAAGCUGCAGCAGCUACGAGCUGCAGCGGCAGAGCACGAAGCGCUCCGCCCGAAGGAAGUUCGGGAGUUGCCACUUCUGGUUCAGCACCAAGAGCUGGAAGCCCAGCGCCGAGCAGAUGGACCCAGAGCACAGCAGCAGCGACAGCUGGAACAACAACGACGCUGCCGCCUCCCUGGAGAACUCCACCUCCUCGGACGAGGAGGACCUGGGCUCGGAGACCAGAGCCAUCUACUCCAUCGUGCUGAAGCUUCCCGGCCACAGCACCAUUCUCAACUCCACCAAGCUGCCCUCCUCGGACAACCUGCAGGUGCCUGCCGAGGGGCUGGGGAUGGCCAACCUGGAGAGGAGAGCCGGCAAGCUGCAGGCCCAGAAGAGCCUGGACGGCGGGGGCAGCUUCCCGAAGAGCUUCUCCCGGCUUCCCAUCCAGCUGGAGUCGGCGGUGGACGCGGCCAAGGCCUCGGACGCGCACGCCUCGGCGGGGAAGACCGCGGCCACGCUACCUCUGUCCUUCAAGGAGGCCACGCUGGCCAAGAGGUUCGCGCUGAAGACCAGGAGUCAGAUCACCAAGCGCAAGCGCAUGUCGCUCAUCAAGGAGAAGAAGGCGGCGCAGACGCUCAGCGCCAUCCUGCUGGCCUUCAUCGUCACCUGGACACCCUACAACAUCAUGGUGCUGGUGAACACCUUUUGCGACAGCUGCAUUCCCAAGACGUACUGGAAUCUGGGCUACUGGCUGUGUUACAUCAACAGCACCGUGAACCCCGUGUGCUACGCCCUGUGCAACAAGACUUUCAGAACCACUUUCAAGAUGCUGCUGCUGUGCCAGUGUGACAAGCGGAAGCGGCGCAGGGAGCAGUACCAGCAGAGACAGUCGGUCGUCUUCCACAAGCGCGGGCCCGACCAGGCCGUGUAACGCGCGCAGUCGCCACGCACCCAGCGGCCGCUCGCCUGGGCGGAGGAGGGCGCAGGGCCGGGCAGACUGCGGCGGCCCUGGCGAGGGGUCCAGCGCCCAGAGGUGAAGGCAGCUGCCGGUUUGCCGACCUGCUGAGUAAACCCGUGUUCCCACAGAAAGGCAAACGCCGCGUCAGCAAAAAAUCGCGUACUGCUGAAUGUCCAAAAAAUGUAGCCACGUCCGAAGGAGACGUGGGUUUCUGACAGAGGGAGAAAGGUGUUUCCUAGCAAUUCCUCACCCAGAUUCUUCGGCUCGGUUCUUUGAACAACUCCCCCCUAAGCUCCGGAAUGUCAGGUGAGCGCAACUCACUGACCCCUGUGGCCGCGGUCUUCCUGAGGGGACACCCGGUCCCCGUCCGGUCCGGUCCCGCGGGGAGCACCUCAGCCUAGUGAGCCCACGGCCCCGACAUGAUUUCUCACAUUGCAAGGCUGAACCUCCUUGUCCCGAUCGAGCUUCCCGUCUUCUCUUUGGUGUGUUGUUAAACUCUCUUUGUGGACUUGAUUCUUGCAAAGUACUGUUUUGUGCAGUUCGAGUUUCAUACAAAUAAAAAUAUAGAAGUAUAUACGUGUGUGAAUGCUGCACACCACCCGUAGUGUAUAUACUGUAAGAGGAGUCACGCGGCUAGCAAAUCGUCCCCGCUGCCUGUGCUAUCAGUAUGUGGUAACCGACCCCCUCCAGGAUCCUGGCACGGUAGAAAAGCGAGAUGACCCCGGAUGCUAGUGUUCCGGAGGCCGGGGCUGUGC